AUGUCUUUUGAAAUUGUAUUUAUUAAAACCAUAGAAGACUCGCAACAAAGUAUUUUAAAAAAAUUAAAUUUAGAAGAUUUCUUAUCUGAUAUUCGCAAUAAUGAUGAUGAUAUUAAUAAUUCAUUAUUAUUUACAAAAAAAUUAAGUGAUGAGUACGCUAAAAUAGAGCGUAAAGAUGAAAAAAUUUAUCGUUUAAAAGAAAUUAUAACAGUCAAAAAUGGACAACAUAUUUUAUAUUUAACGAAAAGCCCGUGUUGGAACAUCUUUAAUGAUAAUUGUAAAUUAGAUUAUGGAUGUACUAUGAGUAUUGAUGGAAUUAAGAAAGCUAAUAAAAGAGCAUUUAAAAUGAAAGAUUGUGAAUUAACUGAAAUUAAGGCUAAAGGGUAUAAAAAAGAUAAACUCGAAUUUGAAUCAAAAGAAGAUUGGAUGAAAAAAACAAAUUUAUUUUUUAGUACCGACGUUAAUAUACAGAAUUUUGUAGAGCUAGGAUUAUCAAUUGAAAGUUCACAAAGUGAAGAUUUUAAUGACGAAAUUCAAUCAGUAUAUAAAUAUACAGAAGUUGGAAAAACGUUAUUAACAUUUCGAGAAUAUCUGGAACCAACAGAGGAAUUCAUUAAAGAAGUAAAAAAUGCCAUAAAAUCUGGUAAUUCGGAAGAAGAAUUUAAGAAAAUAACUGAAGAAUAUGGUCAAUUCAUUCCAACCGAAGUUAUUUUAGGAGGAAGAGUUUAUUUUAAAGAUGUUAAAAUGUCAUCAAAGAAUUCUGUAGCUAAGUCUAACGAAGGUUCUACAAGUAUGAAUAUUGGACCUUUAAAUUUAAAAGCAAGAGUCAAUUCUAGUAAAUCAAAUGGAAAAUCAAAGUUUUACAGCUUUAAUUAUAUGAGAUUACUUGGAGGAAGUCAUCCUGAAAGUGAAAAUUUUGAUGAAGAAUAUUGGAUAAAAACUUUAAAUGAUUAUCAAAACUGGGAUUGCAUAGAAUUUAAAAAUCCCAUUAGUAUAUUUAAGCUUGUACCAGAAUCUUUAUGUAAAAUACCUUAUAAGUCUAUGGGGAAAAGAAUUCUUUAUACGAGUACUGAAGAUUGUGAUUAUUAUUUAAAUGAACCUGGAAGGUAUCGGGAUUUUGAAUUAAAAUUACCACGAAAUAUUUUAGAUAUUAUUCAAAAUAAAGAAGCUGAUUGUGAUAUAUCUGCAGCAGUUAUUGAUACUGAAGAUUCAAAGAAUAUUUUUUUUAGCUGUCAAAUUCUCAAACCAAAAGCAGAAAAAGGGAAAUUGGUGAAACCAAGAGUUAUAAUUCAUGGUAUUCAAAAAAAAUUCAAAUCACAUGAAUUUAAAUUGAAAGUUAAGAUAAUGGUUGUUGGUUAUGAUACAAAUUUAAAUUUUAUUCUUCCUAAUAUCGAGGUAAUUAAAAAGCAUUGUUAUCCACAAGAUCAAUGCAAAUUUAGUAGUAUGGAAUUAUCUAAAAAUGAGUUAAUAACAAAAAAUAUUCCUUUUUUUGGAAUUCCGGUGUUUGAAGAUUGGAAUUAUCUAAAUAAGUCCCUCAUUAUUGGAUAUAAUUUUCGCAAUGUUAAUAAUGAACUUAAAAUUGACAUGUUUUCUUAUUGUACAAAAGAAAAUUGCUACGUUAAUUUGCCAAAAUUUAAUUUUUGUACAUUCAUUAUAAAUCAUCCUAUUUCUAAUGCUUAUAGAUUACUUCCUUUUAAAUUUAGUAUAUUGAAAAAGAAACCAUUCGUUGAUCUUAAAAAUAAAUUUACCCCACAUUUAAACCCAAAAUAUAUUAGUUCAUAUUUAUCAAAAGUUAAUAACUAUAAACCAUUUUUUUUGAAACAAAAAAUUGAUCAAAUUAAAUUAAAAUAUGUUGAUUGCAAUUGUGGUAAAACUUGUUCUGUUUGUAAGGAUAAAACAUUGGGAAUAUCAAGAGGCGAAUGUAUUGUAUAUCACUAUUGA